AUGAUUGUAUAUAUUAUGUUUACAUAGAUGUAUUCAUGCACCUUCUAUAUGUAUUUCUUAUGUAUGACAUGCAGAUGUGAUUAUAAGACUGAGAACGAGUCGAGUAGCGGCGAUGAAGAGAGAAGUAGCAAAUACUCUUUUGUGAGUGCUCUAUGUAUGAGCGGAGGAGAGGGAGCCAACAGCUACUCGACAAAUUCUCUUCUUCAGAGAAGAGCGUUAGCAAAGGCUAAGCCAGUUUUGGUUAAGAACAUAAAGGAGCUGAUGAUGGACUUGAACUUUCCUAAAUACAUUAAAGUAGCUGAUUUGGGCUGCUCUUCAGGACAGAACACGUUCUUGGCAAUGUCUGAAAUCAUCAAUACAAUCAAUGUGUUCUGUCAAAAGUGGAACCAAAACCCACCAGAAAUAGAUUGUUGUCUAAACGAUCUCCCUAAUAACGAUUUUAACACGACAUUCAAACUCAUACAUUCCUUCAAAGAGAAGAACUUCACAAGUAAAGUACCAUACUUCGUUUCUGGAGUACCAGGUUCCUUCUACUCGAGGCUCUUCCCUCGUAAGAGUCUCCAUUUAGUACAUUCCUCUUAUGGCCUCCAUUGGCUCUCUAAGGUUCCUGAAGGACUUGAAAAGAACAAAAUGAGUGUGUACAUCACAGCUUCAAGUCCCCUAAGUGCAUACAAGGCUUACUUAAAACAAUUCCAAAGAGAUUUCACAACAUUUUUGAAACUGCGUUCUGAAGAAAUGGUUUCUAAUGGACGUAUGGUUCUCACUUUCAUUGGUAGAAACAAUAUGGAUAAUCCAUUGCAUAGAGAUUGUUGUCACUUUUGGACAUUAUUAUCCAAAUCUCUUCAUGACCUAGUCAUCGAGGGUCUUGUGAGUGCUUCGAUGGUAGAUUCGUUCUACAUGCCUUUUUAUGAUCCUAGCAAAGAAGAAGUUAAAGAAAUAGUAGGGAAAGAGGGUUCCUUUGAAAUCAAAGAUUUAGAGGCACAUGAAUAUGAUCUUGGCCAUUGUAACCAAGACCAGUCAAAGAGAAGUAAGUCAGGGCAAAAUGAAGCCGUUUAUAUAAGAGCGGUGAGCGAACCAUUGCUCGUGGCUCACUUUGGAAAUGCCAUUAUCAAUAGAUUGUUUGGCAAGUUCGCACAUCAUGUGUCUCAACAUGCUGGUUGCAGAAACAAAACGACCGUUAGUCUAGUUGUUUCAUUGACUCGCAAAUAACUUUUAUUAUGUAAUAAAGUUUAGUCUUGGCGAGCUAUGUGAAUGGUUAAUAUUUUAAAAGUAUAUCGUCGAUCAUGCAUGAAUUCCUGCGUUUAAAGAAUAUAUAAAUCAUCUAAGUCCAUAAAGACAUAAAUUGAAUUUCUAGGCUAAUUAAGUUUUCAUCUAGAUUCUGUAACUAGAGGUUUUCAUCUAGAUAAUUUUUUUUUACACCCAUCUAGAGUAGAUAAACAGACCUAUCUCUGUGCAUCAACAUGGUUCAAGAGUUUGAUCUUUUACCAUCAAGGGUAUCUAAGGGGGAUCAUGAAAGAGAAUCAAAGAACAAGCCUAGAGCUGAAAAAAAUGAAGGAAUAUGAGAAGAACAUAUGUGGGAAGCCCAUCAAGACAUGCAGCAGAGAAAGGCCAAUCAUAAAAGAAGUCUCACUUAAAGUGAAGAUGCGGCGAAACGGCUGAAUCUCCAGCAUUCUCUUGGCCUCUUAUGUUCUUAAUAUUCAAAAUUGUUGUUCCGAAGCUUACUUCAUGCUUUUGUAUACCAAUUCUAUGUUAUCUUUGACGUUCCCCUUCUACUUAACCGAUUGUGUAAGUUACAAAUCUACAAUUUUGUAUUUUGUCAAACCAAAUUAUAGAAUCUGGUUUGUCAAAUUAAGCAGAAAUGGUUAAGUCUUGCUGGUCAAAUUAGACUAAAUACACUUCCAAAAUAAGAUUAAAAGAUUAGAUAAAUAUUGUUGGUCAAAGUUAUAUUAUAAAGAUAAAGAUAAGAAGAAACUGAAAUAAGAAAUAGAAUAAUUAUUUUACCAUUUUCAUCAAUUUUUGUUGCAGAAUAUCAUUUGGUAACAAUAAGAAAGGAGGAAUCUCAGCGUGAAAAUGUGUAUGAAUACCAUCUAAGAUGGAUAUAUAUAUAUAUAUAUAUAAUCUCUUUACAAAAAGUUAAAGAGAGGUUUGGUUUCAGAAAAAAACAAAAUGAAAAAUCUCAUCAUCUUUUUCAUUCUUCUUAGUAGAUGCAUCGGACAGAUAGUAGACGAAAAAGAAACUCUCGUUCUCACGAACGAGCUGAACAACAAAAUCCUCGCAAUACAUUGUAAAUCCAAGGACGACGACCUUGGUGACCAUUAUUUGGCCGUCGGCCAAAGCCAAGAAUAUAAAUUCAGGGAUAAUCUUUGGCACACGACGCUCUUCUGGUGUCAUAUGGGGCAAGGACCUGAUUAUAAGAUUCAACAAGUGUUUGAGGCAUACAGAUCUACGUGGAGUAAGUAUGUGGGAUACACCUAUUGGAUAGGAAGAGAGGAUGGGAUCUACUUUAGACAAGACCCCCAUGGUUUACCUUUGGUGAAAAGAUAUGAUUGGAAUCUUACGGCCUAUUAAUACUCUUUCAUGCAGGUGUAUGAUUGCAUUGUUUGAUGAAGAUUAUAAACUUUAA